UAGAUUUAUUUGUUGAACCAAACUAAUACCACUAACAGUGUUUAGUGAUUUUUUUUAACAUGGAGGCAAAUAUUCGCAAAAGGAAUAUCACUUCCGAUUUUAUUAAUGAUCAAGUGGAUACUUACCUGGAAAAUUUACCAAAUAUUGAAAAAACAAUUAACCGACUGCAAGGUCUAAUGGAUUCUAAUCAUGCGGAUGAUACUACCACUGAUACUGGGGACGAUGAAACUGUAUUGCCCUCUACUUAUAUUGUAAUAAAAGUAGCAGAAAAUAUACCAGAAGCAACAGUAAAGUGGCUAAUUAAUAAAAUAAAAGGAAAGAAAAGAGAUGGGGGUGCAGAGUUAAUAGUUAUGAUGCAACCCUCUUCUGGAGAUGAAGGUCAUGUUCUUCAUAUAUCAGCAUCAAAAAUCAAAUUUCUGGAAAUCGCUGAAGAAAUGGAAAUGGUAAAAACUGACCGAAAUGGUUUGAUGCGAGAAUUCGCAGUCGCCCAGCUGGAGGAAUUCCUUCCCGAAGAUAUGCACGUGGAUGAUCUACUUACAACAUCGGAAAGGCAAACUAUUGUCCGACACGAAUUAGAAAAUAUUCGAGCACUCCCUGACGAACACCAUGUGCCUGGUUUUCAAAAUUAUACGUUGUACGAAGGACAAUCGAUACUUCAAGUUUGCCAGAUAUAUAAAGUUAUAACUGGUAUUUUUCCUUUGCAUGACGAGGAAGCGUUGAAAAAGCUAGGAAGGAAGUGGUAUAGGUCAUUGUUUAAAACACAACCAAUAGAGGAAAUCCGUCUGUAUUUCGGAGAAGGGAUAGCUCUUUAUUUUCAAUUUCUCGCUUUCUACACGAAAGCUCUGCUGAUUCCUGUCUUCCUAGGGUUGCUGCAAAUAUUUGUAUCAAUCGAAACUGUCCCCUUUUUUUGCGUAUUCAACGUCGUGUGGGUGACUCUGCUUCUGGAAAUAUGGAGAAGAAAAAGCAACGAACUUGCAUUCAAGUGGGGUACCAUUGGUAUGACCAGUAUGGAUGAACCGAGGCCCAAUUUUCGAGGUACUAUGGGUGUGGAUGCUGUUACUGGAAAAAUACAACCCCAGCAUCCUAGAUAUAUAACGACCGUAAAGAUGUACUGUGUUUCAAUACCAAUAGUCUUUAUUUGCAUGGUGGGAGCUUUCAUCGUGAUGUUGGCUUCAUUUUGGGCUGAAGAUUACAUUAAAAUGUCUGACGAAUAUUACCAACAAUUUAUUAUGCUGCCAAGUAUUAUUUAUUCGGUUUUAGUUUGGGCGCUUAAUUUAUAUUACCGAAAACUAGCAACGUAUUUAACGGAAUGGGAAAAUCACCGUACUCAAUCUCAAUACGACAGACAUCGCGUCACAAAAUUGGUCCUGUUCGAAUUCGUUAAUAACUUUAUGUCUCUGUUCUACAUCGCAUUCAUUAUAAGGGACAUGGACAUGCUUAAGAGUCAGCUGCAGACCAUGCUGAUCAUAUCGCAGAUGAUCUGUAACUUGCAGGAAACCGUUCUACCUUUGGCAAUGAAAUAUAUGAGCUACAGGAUGAUGUCUUAUAAAAACAAAAAGUUAACCGAUCAUAAGUCUUCAAAAUCUAAAAUUACCAGAAGCGAAGCUUUCGAUGAAACCAAAUCAAUGUUUAAUUUACCACAAAUCCAAUACGAUGAUUCUCGUAUUCGGCAAGUUAAUCAAGAAUGUAUCAUGGAGGAAUACGAGGGAACAUUCGAUGAUUAUCUGGAGCUCUUUAUACAAUUUGGAUUCGUAUUUCUGUUUUCUUCAGUUUACCCAUUGGCAGCUUUAUGGGCUGUCAUUAACAAUGUUAUAGAGAUUAGAGCGGAUGCUUUUAAGUUGUGCAGGAUUUUCCAAAGGCCUAUGAGCAGGAGAGUAAAGGACAUAGGCGCUUGGCAGAGAUGUUUUGAAGUCCUCAGCGCUUUAUCAAUUUUAACCAAUUGCGGAGUAUUAUAUCUUAGUCCGCAAAUGAGAAGUCAAGCUCCCUAUCUGGAUGAAGUUAAAUGGCUGCUAAUUUUUGUAUUUUUGGAACAUCUACUGCUAGGUAUUAGGUAUCUUUUGCACAUUACCAUUUCGGACAAGCCCGAAUGGGUCAGAGUGGCCUUAGCUAGGAAGAAUUACGAGUCAAAACAGGCCUUAAAGUUUGAGAGAUCCCAAAGGAAUAAAAGACUGCUGACACGAAGGUUUCAAACAAUUCAUGGACCUCAUAGAAAUUAAUAAUUAAAAACUGAAAGUCUGUCCAAGUAUUAUCUAAGUCAUUGUUAUAGCAAUAUUUAGAUUUUAAAUAA